CAUGUAUUGUAUAAAUAAAUCGAAAAAUAUCAUAAUUGAUUAAAUCGCGUUCAGUCGUUGCGCAGCUUAAAACGAAAAUCCAGUUUUCCUCAUCGUCUUUCUAAAAGAUUUCUAAUUUCAGCCGCGACGAGUAAUGACGAUACCAGAAGAAGAAGUCGCCCUUCUAGAAGAUUCUGUACGCGACUCCGUCAACCACCGUGGAUUUCCCGCCGGAAAAUCUUCCACCGGCGGAUGGAGAUCGUCCUGGUACAUCAUAGCUGUGGAGGUAGGAGAGAGAUUCGCUUACUUUGGGAUUGCAUCCAACUUAAUUACUUACCUCACCGGACCUCUCGGACAAUCGACGGCGACCGCCGCCGUGAACGUGAACACGUGGUCUGGAACCGCCUCGAUGCUUCCUGUUUUAGGAGCUUUUGUAGCAGACGCUUAUCUCGGUCGUUACCGCACCAUUGUUGUAGCUUCCCUUAUCUAUAUACUCGGACUAGGACUGUUGACUUUGUCGGCUUUCUUGAUCCUGAUGGGAUUAACUGCCCAACGUAACGAUGUUUCUGCUAUACCGUCAUUUUGGCUGAAUAUAUUAUUCUUCUGCUCUUUGUAUUUGGUUGCGAUCGGACAAGGCGGGCACAAGCCGUGUGUUCAAGCGUUUGGUGCGGACCAAUUCGACUCGGAAGAUCCAAAGGAGAGAAUAUCGAGAGGAUCGUUCUUCAACUGGUGGUUCUUGAGUUUAUCUGCCGGAAUCACUUUAUCGUUUGUUGUGGUGGUUUACGUUCAGGACAAUGUUAAUUGGGCGCUUGGGUUUGGGAUCCCUUGUUUGUUCAUGGUUAUGGCUCUUGCUAUCUUCUUGCUCGGAAGAAAAACUUAUAGAUACCCGAAAGGAGACAGCAAGAAGAAGAACGCUUUUGCGAGAAUCGGUAGAGUUUUCGUUGCGGCGUACAAGAACCGGAAACUGAGUUUAGAACGUUCGGGUUUGGUCCAAGGUCAACUGGAGGAUGGUUCGUCUCAGAAACGUAAAGGCUGGCUUGAGUUCCUAGCAAAAGCGAUGCUAUCAGGAGAAGGAGGUGCGGAGCCAUGUAAUAGUAGGGACGUGGAAGAUGCGAUGGCUUUGGUACGGCUUAUUCCGAUAUGGGUCACGUCGGUAAUAAGCACGAUCCCGUACGCUCAAUACGCUACUUUCUUCACGAAGCAAGGCGUUACGGUAGACCGGAAAAUCUUCCCCGGUUUGGAAAUCCCUCCGGCUUCUUUCCAGUCGCUUAUCGGCGUAUCGAUUCUCAUCUCAGUCCCGACUUAUGAGCGUGUUUUCCUUCCGUUGGCUAGAACGAUCACCAAGAAGCCUUUUGGGAUCACAAUGCUACAGAGAAUAGGAGUUGGGAUGGUGCUCUCGAGCUUCAACAUGGUCCUCGCGGCAAUGGUAGAAGCCAAACGGCUGCAGAUAGCUAAGGAACACGGGCUUGUGGAUACACCGGAUGCGACUGUUCCGAUGUCGAUAUGGUGGUUCGUUCCACUGUAUUUGCUACUCGGGAUGAUCGAUGUGUUCUCACUGGUGGGGACACAAGAGUUCUUCUACGACCAGGUCCCGACCGAGCUGAGGAGCAUCGGUCUGGCGCUUUCUUUGAGUGCGAUGGGUCUCUCGAGCUUCUUGAGUGGUUUUCUGAUCACGGUGAUUAAUUGGGCUACCGGAAAAGAUGGCGGCGAUAGCUGGUUCAACACUAACCUGAACCGUGCCCAUGUCGAUUACUUUUACUGGCUGCUCGCCGCUUUCACCGCCAUUGGGUUCUUUGCGUUUUUGUUCUUCUCCAGGCUGUAUGUGUAUCGCCGGGUAGAUCAAGUCUAAGAAUAUAUAUAAAAGAAAAGUCAUUUUGUAUUAUUGGCUCUGGUAUCAUAUUAUGACGUGUUCAUAACGUGAUUGGAAAUAUCAACUAUUUUUUUUUUUUUUUUUUACACGUGCAAUUUUGUAUU